UUCCCGCUGUGCAGCUUCCUAUAACGCAAGGAUAGGAGUUGCAAUAAACAGGCAGACGCAGAAUCACGCCGGGCCCCUACCGCUGGAUAACUGCAGGAGCGCGGUGAUUUUACACACGCUGCUGAUGGGAACCUCAGCGAGUCAUCGUCCUCAGCUAAACGGGACAUACCAUUAAUAGCAACAACAGAAGACUACAUGCGCUAUCAGUGGGACUGGGAAACAAUAUGAAGUUGGCGGUCCUUCUUAUCCUGCUUCUCCUCACGGUGUCUCCUCUGAGCCACGGUGCCGCUUCAUCUCCCAGUAAAUUUGUGUCCUUGGCGGAGAUGGAGGACGCUCUGCUGAAGAACCUUUUCCAAGGAUAUCAGCGCUGGGUUAGGCCCAUCCAGCGAGCAAACGACACUGUCAGAGUUCGAUUCGGACUCAAGAUCUCUCAGCUGGUCGAUGUGGAUGAGAAGAACCAGCUUAUGACAACAAAUGUUUGGUUGACUCAGGAGUGGAUUGAUUACAAGCUGCGAUGGAAUCCAGAUAAAUAUGGUGGGAUCACCUCCAUCAGAGUUCCCUCAGAAAAUAUAUGGCUCCCAGACAUCGUCCUGUAUGAGAAUGCCGAUGGGCGUUUUGAGGGCUCCCUGAUGACCAAAGCCAUCGUAAAGUACAAUGGUGCCAUCACCUGGAGGCCACCCGCUAGUUACAAGUCUGCCUGCACCAUGGAUGUCACCUUUUUCCCCUUUGACCGGCAGAACUGCUCCAUGAAGUUUGGCUCAUGGACGUAUGAUGGCAACAUGGUGGACCUGGCCCUGAUGGAAAACCACGUUGAUCGGAAAGACUUCUUUGAUAAUGGAGAGUGGGAGAUACUCAGCGCCACUGGAGCUAAAGGAAACAGGAGGGAUGGCAUGUACUCCUACCCCUUCAUCACCUACUCCUUCAUCCUGAAGAGAUUGCCACUCUUUUACACACUCUUUCUCAUCAUCCCCUGUUUGGGUUUGUCCUUUCUCACCGUCCUGGUGUUUUACCUUCCCUCAGAUGAAGGAGAGAAGCUAUCACUCUCCACCUCUGUGCUAGUGUCUCUCACUGUGUUCCUUUUGGUCAUAGAAGAGAUCAUACCCUCCUCCUCCAAGGUGAUCCCUCUCAUCGGAGAAUAUCUGCUCUUCAUCAUGAUCUUUGUCACCCUUUCGAUCAUUGUCACUGUCUUCGUCAUCAAUGUGCACCACCGCUCCUCAGCCACCUACCACCCUAUGUCACCCUGGGUUCGCACCCUUUUCCUUCAGAAGCUUCCCAGACUGCUUUGCAUGCGAGGACACACCGACCGGUACCACUACCCGGAGCUAGCUCCGGAAAGUCCUGAACUGAAGCCUCGCUCUGGAGGUCGGAGGGCAGGCCAGCGGACAAGCAGUGGAGCUUAUGGACAGGCAGCUUCUGAUGGGAAGGAGGAAGAAGCUUGGGCCACCAUGUUGGAGAAAGCCAUCUAUUCGGUGCGGUAUAUCAGCAGACAUAUUCGCAAAGAGCACUUCAUCCGCGAGGUGGUCCAAGACUGGAAGUUUGUAGCUCAGGUGUUAGACCGAAUCUUCUUGUGGGCUUUCCUUACAGUCUCAAUUCUGGGCACCAUCCUUAUCUUCACUCCAGCCCUGCACAUGUUCCUGAAAAUCCCUCCUCCAUCUACAACUGAGGAGCCACCUUUACACCAGUAACCAGACUGUCUCUUUCUUAGGCAGCUGAAGAUCUGCUUCCAGGAAUCUAUAAAAAGUUACAGCUGAGCAAGAAGAAGCCACCAAAGACUGUUUGACUUCUCCUGACCACUCCGUAAAGUGAGGUUUAUAUCUUAUUAUAUGUGUGUUUCAAGUGCACAAAAUAACAAUUCACAUAAGAAAUACAUAUUUUUUUCAAGUGCAGCUUAAUGCAUUAUAUUGUAUUUUUAAAGCUAUUUCUUCACAAUCUGGUGUCCAGCUCUGCAGCUCUCACAGGCUCACUCUUUAAGGUGGAUAUUCAAUGAACAGGAAUCUAGACGGUAAAGAUAUUAAACAUAUGCAUAUAGUGUGAAAGCUGGAUCUAUGCACUUUACUCACCUAUUCAAAACUAUUUGUGCUGUUUAGAUGUUAGUUGUUUUCUAUGUUCUUUUUCUGCAUAACGUCUCUGUAUCAAGUUUUAAACAGCCAUCCAGGAUUCCCCGAAACACUGAUUUUUUUUUUUUUUUUUAUAAAAAUUGUUUGUCUUUACUUUGAUAUUGCUUAUCCCUUAAACAUUGCCAUGUUGACCCUAGUUUCAAGCAGCAUAAUUAAACUAUCUAACAUGUUUCUUACCAAAGCCUUGAUUUUCAUCUUAGAGAUUUCUGCAAAACCCUUAUAGAAAUUUUGCAGUUUGGAUAUGAAAGCAUUUUUGGCAAAUAAUCAGAGCUAUUGUGUCUGUUUUCUGUUUAGUACAAUUUAAACUUUAUUUCUUAAGCCCUCUCCAAAAAAGUGAAUUUGGACUAGACUUCAUUAAAAAUAUAGGUGAAGUUUCCAUAAGGUUCUGUUUUGAAUUGACGUGUAUUUUAUGACAAUAAUAAAGUUUUAGAUAC